AUGAAGGCUACAUUCGGCACUCUUUUCACCCUUCUCGUCGCAGCCUCUGCUGCUCCAUUCCGCGAGUCCCACCAAGUCGCGAAAUUCAGUGGCAGUCAACUUCAAAGCCUCUUGAGCGUUUUGGCUGUUCACAACGUGCAUGGCGCCCUCGAUGUUGACCAGAACAUCUCCUGCACUGUCGCCUACAGCUUGUCCCUAAGCACCACUGGACCACCAUACACCAUCGAUCUCGCCUCCCUAGACCUUUCCAACUGUACCUAUACCGGCCCCUAG